AUGGAGUACACUCCUGAUUUCUCGGCCUAUUUAAGGCGUGAAGCCCCAAUGAUGACUAUCAUCCAGCGCACAAUCCCCAAGGCGAUCAAGGUUGCUGGAGUGGCUGGCUUUGCAGGCCUGGGCAUAUAUUGCACGAAGCAGUUCUCAACAGCGUUUGCGGAAUCGAACGAGCCAAAACCAGUCUUCUCUGGGCUGGGUUUCACCACUUUGCGCUUGCAGAGCACCAAAACCGUCAAUCACAAUACGAAGCGACUAGUCUUCGAAUACCCUAACGAAUCCGCCCGCAGCGGCCUGACAUUGACUUCCGCGCUCCUAGCCAUCACCCAUCCGGAAGGGAGCUGGCUUCCUACGAUUCGACCAUAUACUCCUAUAAGUGACUUGGAUGAACCAGGACGUAUAGAACUUAUGGUCAAGCAAUACCCGGACGGGAAGGCUAGUGGCUACUUGCACUCCUUGAAACCAGGAGACUCACUCAGGUUUGCGACUUCACUGAAAGGCUAUCAGUGGAAGCAGAAUGAGUUCUCCCACGCCUACCUCUUGGCUGGCGGGGCUGGAAUCACGCCUAUCUAUCAGCUUAUCAAAGGCAUCCUGAAGAAUCCUCAGGACAGAACGAAACUGACUUUGGUCUUUGGGGUCAACUCCGAGGAAGAUCUACUGUUGAAGGAGGAACUUGAUCGUUAUGCCACAGAGUUUCCUGAACGUUUCAACUACAUAUACACUGUUAGCCGUCCGAAAGAGGAGAACUCCCCUUACAGAACAGGGUACAUCGACGAGGAGCUUCUAAGGAGCACAUUCAGAGAGUCGACGCAAAAUACGAAGGUCUUCAUUUGCGGUCCUCCAGCGAUGGAAGAUUCUCUGGUUGGAACAAGAAGAUCGCCUGAAGGAAUCUUGAGCCGAUUGGGCUUCUCGAAGGAUCAGGUUCAUAAAUUCUAG